AUGGUCACAAAAACUGGGAACGGAUGGGGAUUGGAUCUUCUUCCUUGCAAGGAGAACGAUGUUGAUGGCACUAAGGAAGUUUGGCUGGAUAAAGACACGGGUAAACUUUGUUUGGCCAUGUCAUCAAAGGGACUAUCAAUAACCGGGAUUGAUGAUCGGAGAUAUUGGAAUCAUAUUCAAACUGAAGAAUCUAGAUUCAAUACAGUGGCAUAUCUACAGCAAAUUUGGUGGUUUGAGGCUGAUGGGGAAGUUGAUUUCCCAUUUCCAGAAGGGACGUACAGCCUCUAUUUCAGAAUCCAUCUAGGGCGACCCUCCAGGAGAUUUGGGCGACGUGUAUGCAAUAAUGAGAAUGUUCAUGGGUGGGACAUUAAGCCCGUACGAUUACAGCUGUGGAGUUCAGAUGGGCAGUACGCUAGCUCUCAGUGUUUUUUGGAAGGAUCCGGCAAAUGGAGUUAUUACCAUGCAGGCGAUUUUGUGGUUGGCAAUGGCCACACACCAACCAAAAUCAAGUUCUCCCUCACUCAAAUUGAUUGUACUCAUACCAAAGGUGGUCUAUGUUUAGAUUCUGUGCUUAUAUACCCAACAGAGUCCAGAAAGCUUAAACCAUUUUUUAAUUCAAAUUCCUCUUAACCUGUGUGGGGCAGGAAUCAAAAUGUAUAAUCUGUAUUAUAUAUCAUAGGAUGAGGGUGCGGUGUGUAGAGAAUUAGAGAGAAUUGAGUUUUUUUUUUUUUUUUGUGAGGUCUAUUAGGCUAUAGUAUGAUGAGGCAAUGUGUAUAUGUAAUUAUUUUCCUUCUCCGAGAUGAUUAUUUCUGUUGCUCAAUUUUCUUGGGUAUUGUGAUGAGGCAUUAUUCCAAUGAAGCUUUUUUUUUUUCCCCGCCA